AUGGAAACUUCAACUAAUCAUGUUAUUGUCAUGGACCAAUCUGCAUCAACCAUCACUCUAGUUGUCAAGCAGAAUCAGAACUUAAUCGUUGAUCUUGAUUUCUCCAAAUACCCUGAAGUUGUUCAACCCUUUAUUAUGUGUCUUAAUCAUUCAGUCCUGAGAAAGGCUCUUGUUUACUAUGAGCAAGUUCCUUUAUCAGCGUUGAUUUUGGCUUACUCCACUGCCAGUUAUAACAAAUCAACAUAUGUGAAGAGCUUUGAAAUUCAAGGAAAGAAGACUGCAAUCUCAAAGGCAAGUUUCUGCAAGCUUUUGGGAUUACCUGUUGGUGAGGGUUAUUCCAAUCCUGAACAUGUCUCAUAUGCAAAUAUUCUCUAG